AUGGUGAAGAAGUUCCGGAAACGCGAAAACCGGAAGCUGGCCAUUGUGCAGCAGGAGAAGAUCCGACGGAGGAUUCGUGAAAACCGAGAUGCGCACAAUCUCCAAGCGCCAGAGGCCGGCACAAGCUUCAAGCACAUCAAGAACAAGCAGAAGCGUUCCCAGAUGGUGCAACUCAUGAAGCAGGAGAAGAAGAAACAAAAAUCCAAGGUGCGCCGCGCGCGAAGAGAGGCGGAGGCACGUGGCGAGGAGGUGGUGAGACAAGAGCCCAGGAGCAUCGAUAAGAUGCGAGAGGCCGACGAGACCAUCGUCCCCGAGGAGGAUAGUGAGGUAGAAGAGGAUGAGGCCAUGGAUGAGUUCGAGAAGUAUUUCCAAAACGGCAAGAAACCGAAGAUCUUGGUGACGACGCAGAAGACACCCUCUAGAAAGAUGUAUGCCUUCUUGAAGGAGUUGGUUUGCGUCAUCCCCAAUACCUUCUACUAUCCUCGUAAAGAGUUUCCGUUCAAAAAGAUCUGCGAGUAUGCUGGCAACCGAGACUUCACCGAUGUGAUGCUCUUCCAUGAGAAAGCCGGUGUGAUGCAGGGCGUUUAUAUCUCGCACUUGCCCAAAGGCCCCACUUCUUAUUGGCGCAUAACGCGCAUGAAGCUGGGGCAAGAGAUGAAAGGCGGUGCCACCUGCAACUCCAGUCAUAAUCCAGAGUUGAUCCUCAACAACUUUGUCACGCGAUUAGGGCGAAGAUUAGCUCGCCAGUUCGCGGCCUUGUUUCCUCAGAGGCCUGAUUUUGAAGGCAGAAGGACGAUCACCUUCCACAACCAACGGGACUUCGUGUUCUUCAGACACUACAGGUAUAACUUCAAGGACAACGGCGAGAGGUGUGCUCUACAGGAAAUUGGCCCACGCUUCACCCUGAAGUGCAGGUAUUUGCAGCAUGGCACCUUCGACGCGCGCAGCGGCGAAUACGAAUACAUCUGGCGACCAGAUGCGCAGGUGAGCCGGAAGAAGUUCUUCGUCUAG